UAAACAGACGACCGGCGACCGGUUCACCCACAAACUAAAUAGAGAUCUAUUGGCUUUUGUUAUUUUCAUGAUUCUUAUUUUAUUUUGGAACUGUGAUAUGUAACACUGAGGAAGUGUGUUUUUAUAAUUUGGUCUGAGGUUUAUAAAUCGGCGAAAUAAAGUUUAUAACAUAACUAUUUAAAGAAAUAUUACGCGCUGAUAAUUUAUUCCCAUUUUUUAUACACAUACAUGCGAUAAAAAUGAUUAUAUUUUUAAGUGAACUUCAAAAAGACCACUUGAGUUUACUUCAGAAACAUUCAACACAAGUGUUAAUUGAUUUUUGUAAACUUGCCAUAGACUAUUUGAACAACGGAAUAAAUGAAAAAAAAUAUGGUAUAGCAGCUGAGAAACUUGGUGUGUCGGUUGUAGCUGUACAGAAUCUUGUACAUGCUUUACUUUAUCUCAUCGUGGAGGCAUGCAAACACAAAUUGUCAGAACCAGAUUUCAAAUCUUCGUUGGGUAUAGCGGGUUUCUCAGAAGAACAGCAAGAUGUUCUGGUCAAGUUGUAUUCCGCUAAGAAUGCGGAGAUUUCAAGUAGCUUGAGCCUACUGCAGCAGAGAGAGCCUAGCUAUCAAGAUUUCACUUGGAGAUUUGAAGUUCAGGUUGCGACAAAAAGUUGCAUGGAAGAAAUCAAACCAAUGAUAAGCAUGAAUUUUACGGUCACUACACCGAAAAACUUUGGUCAAACCGAACAAAUAUAUAAUAUAGCCAAUGAUAUGAAUGCUAUAUCUCCAGUGCAUAUAAAUUCUAGUAUUCAAGAAGCUAAGACAUCUAGCCAUUGUCAGAAUAUUAUAAGUCAUCACUUGCUGCAGUGUGAUUUACCAAAUUUAAUUAAUAUGACCAAUGUGUUGGAGCAAGCAUUAAAAGAAUCAAAGAGUCAGCAUGUUCGAAAAGUGCAAAGAGUUUUAUAAUCAGCAGUAGAUUUUUUGGUAACAUUAUCUUAUUUUAGUUUAAGUAAAUACAUGUAUAAAUAUUAUGAAUGUUUUAUAUUGACUAGAGCUAUCAAUGAAUAAAUUGCACAAGGACAAUGUAUUUGAGAUUUUAUCUUUAUAGAAGACCACUGUUCUAUCUCUUCGCAAAUUUCUAUAAAUUGGUCCUGAGAUUUUAUUUUGGAAAAAAUCACAGAAGACCUCUAUUCUAUCUCUUCGCAAAUUUUCUGUAUAUUAUUUAGUGUUUAUAGAUUUACGGUUUACGACCGAUACGAAGUCACACCAUUAUGCCAAUGAAUUGCACAAGCCAAGCAAUAUAGCCCGUACGGCUCGACUUUUUUCACGAAAAUGUU